ACACAAUGUCAAUACUGUCAAAUUCCAAAAGUUUGUAAUUUUCAUCGAAUUUGGUCUAAAAAAUUGAUUUUAAACAACUGUUAUACAUAAGUUCAUCAAUUAAUAUUGUUUUAUAUUGAACAUGGCGUUUAAUUACGCCAAUAUUCAUUCAAACACCAAACGCCACAAUGCAGUUCCUCCGCCUACCAGCGGGGUAUCCAAGCAGGGCUAUUCGACUAUGAACGCUAUCAGCCAGAACGCCCUUUCGGCGGCUUGGGGAGGCAGUAGAAAAAGAGCCGCUACAGAAGAUGAGUAUUUCGAACAAGACGAGGAAGAACAGGUGCCCGAUUUGGCUUAUAUCCCCGCGCCAGAUAGCCCCACGCGUUUAGAAAUGGAUAAAAAGAAACCGGCCAACGAGGAUAACGAAGACGAUGAUCCUUUGGAUGCUUACAUGGCCGGUCUUGAGAAACAGAUACAGAAGGAAUCCGAACAAACGACUCAGCAGCCCGUACAGCAGGCCGUCAGGAACGACUUGGAAGAGGAGGAUAUCGAAGAAUCGUAUUACAAAUACAUGGAGGAGAAUCCCAAUGCGGGUUUACAGCCAACGGAAGACGAUUAUCCGGAAAUCGAAUACGACGAAGACGGGAAUCCGAUAGCGCCUGAUAAAAAGAAAAUUAUCGAUCCUCUACCGCCGAUCGAUCAUUCAGAAAUUACCUACGAACCAUUCGAGAAAACGUUUUACACGGAACACGAAGAGAUUAAAGAUUUAACGAACGAUAAAAUCAAAGAGCUGCGAAACACUUUGGACAUUAACGUAACCGGUACAAAUCCGCCCAAACCGGUAUCGUCGUUUGCUCAUUUCGGCUUCGAAGACAAACUGAUCAAAGCCAUAAUCAAAGCGGAAUAUACAUCGCCUACUCCCAUUCAAGCUCAAGCCGUACCUUGUGCCCUGCUCGGCAGAGACGUGUUAGGUAUCGCUCACACAGGUAGCGGUAAAACGGCGGCGUUCCUUUGGCCUUUGGUCAAGCACGUUUCGGUGCAAAAACCGGUCGAAGAAGGCGAAGGUCCCAUCGCAUUGAUCCUAGCCCCGACGAGAGAAUUAGCCCUGCAGAUCUACGCCGAAGCCAAGAAAUUCGCCAAAGUCUACGACCUGCGAGUCAUAUGCGCUUACGGUGGAGGCUCCAAAUGGGAACAAAGUCUCGCUCUGAAAGAAGGCGCCGAAAUCGUGGUGGCGACGCCCGGCAGGAUCAUCGAUCACGUCAAAGGCGGCGCCACCAAUCUCCAGCGGGUGACUUUCCUGGUUCUGGACGAGGCCGAUCGAAUGUUUGAGCUCGGCUUCGAGCCGCAGGUGCGAUCGGUGUGCAACCACGUCAGGCCCGACAGGCAGACGUUGCUGUUCUCGGCGACGUUUCGCCGGCGCAUCGAGAAACUGGCCAAGGACGCGCUCUCGAAUCCCGUGAAGAUAUCGCAGGGUACGACGGGCCAGGCGAACGAGGACGUCACCCAGCACGCGGUGUUGUUGCCCAAUCAGGAGGCGAAGCGCGAGUGGCUGUUCGGCAAGUUGGUCGAGCUGCUGUCGGCCGGUUCGGUGUUGGUGUUCGUCACGAAGAAAUUGGACGCUGAAUUAGUGGCGAAAGAUAUCAAAAUCAAGGAGUUCGAUUGUCUGUUGUUGCACGGUGAUAUGGAACAGGCCGAGAGGAAUAAAGUGAUAAUGUCGUUUAAGAAGAACGAGUGUUCGUUGUUGGUGGCGACCGAUGUGGCCGCUCGAGGUUUGGACAUUCCGCACGUUAGAACGGUGUUAAAUUACGAUUUGGCGAGAGAUAUAGACACUCAUACUCAUAGAAUCGGUAGGACAGGACGCGCCGGUACCCAAGGUACCGCUUACACUCUAUUAACGGCUAAAGAUAAGGAAUUCGCCGGUCACAUUGUUAAGAAUUUGGAAGCCGCCCAUCAGGAUGUGCCGCAGGAAGUAUUGGAUUUGGCCUUGCAGAGUUCCUGGUUCAAAAAGCAAAGGUAUAGGAAGAAGGAUUAUAAUCCGAACGUGGGCGGUUUAGGAUUAGGAUUUAAGGAGAAAACGUCGAAUCCCGCGGCACCUGCGUCUAGCGCUAAUGCGGGGGGCCAGCAAGCGUCCAGGGGCCCCGCUACUGAUAGACUGUCCGCUAUGAAGCAAGCUUUUAAAAUGCAGUACAUGAAUCAGUUUACCGCGAGUUCUGAUCAACCGCCACCGCCUGCUGCGCAAACGGCGAGAAAGAAGACGAGGUGGGAGUGAUUUUUUUUUUUGGUAAUUUUUAAGUCUUAUCCGUUUUGUUGAGCUCUAAUUGUAGUUGUAAAUUUUACUUAAUUUAUAUACCAAAAAAUGCAAUAUUUUUUUUCUAUAAUCGAUUCAGGACCUUGUUAAAACAAUAAAAUCAAGUGAAUAAUUA